UGCUCCCUUUGCAUGCUCCAGCCUGGUCAGUGGCGAAAGCAUGUCACAUGACACAUGGUGCCAGAGCUCAGUGUUUCACUCUUAAGUGGGCUGCCAGAAUCAGAGGGGGGCAGAGAGGCUCCGCUCUCCUCUGGACUCACAUCCAUGCCAAAGCAGCGGGUCAGCUUUGUCCUCCACGCUGCCUCCUAUGCCUCUUACACCUCCAGCUGAACCCGACCCAGAACCAAAGAUGAACUGGGCCUCGUUCUAUGCCGUCAUCAGCGGCGUGAACCGACACUCCACCGGCAUCGGCCGCAUCUGGCUCUCCGUCCUCUUCAUAUUCCGCAUCCUGGUGCUGGUGGUGGCGGCCGAGAGCGUGUGGGGCGACGAGAAGUCGGGCUUCACCUGCAACACCCAGCAGCCGGGCUGCAACAGCGUGUGCUACGACCACUUCUUCCCCAUCUCGCACAUCCGCCUCUGGGCCCUGCAGCUCAUCCUGGUCUCCACUCCCGCCCUGCUGGUGGCCAUGCACGUGGCCCACCGCCGCCACGUCGACAAGAGGCUGUACAAGCUGUCCGGGCGGGCCAACCCCAAAGACCUGGAGCAGAUCAAGACCCAGAAGAUGAAGAUCACAGGGGCGCUGUGGUGGACGUACGUCAUCAGCCUGGUGUUCCGCAUCAUCUUCGAGGUCACCUUCAUGUACGUGUUUUACAUGAUCUACCCCGGGUACAAGAUGAUCCGGCUGGUGAAAUGCGACUCGUACCCCUGUCCCAACACGGUGGAUUGCUUUGUGUCGAGGCCCACGGAGAAGACCGUCUUCACCGUGUUCAUGCUGGCCGCGUCCGGCGUCUGCAUCCUGCUCAACAUUGCAGAGGUCGUCUUCUUGGUGGGGAAAGCCUGCAGCAAACAUUUGCACACCGCAGGGGACUCGACUAUGGGGGCUUGGAUCCAGCAGAAGCUUUGCUCAUAUUAAUAAAACAUAUAACCUGUGCGAAAGCAC